AUGACUAACGAGGACGAGGACUCGACUGACCAGCACAGCAUCCGUAGCGAAGAGGGUGGCGAAGCAAAGUCCACGCGGCGAGGACGUCUGAAAGAUGCACUCAAUCGUACAAAAACCAAGCUGAAUAAAGUACGUGAAGAGAGGGGAGUUAAGAAGCAGACACGAGACCAAGACAAACCAGAUUACCAACUCAACGACGACGUGAAUGACUUCUUGGCCGCUGGCCGUGCCUCCUUCGCCUCAUCGCUGAGACCGUCCAUUGUCGAAGACUCGUCCAUAGCAUCUCCUCGACCCUCUACCUCCGACUCAAACGUACAGGCGUCUCCUCGCCGUGGUCCUUCUAAAACAAUUCCCAGGAUUGAUGUCUCGAAUUCUAUGCGCUUCCCAAAUGCAAAAGACGUUAACCCCGACGCGCUCGUCGAGUCUGGUGGACUUGGAUUUGGUACUGCUCCGAGCACAUCAUUGUUGAAGCCGGAAUACCAGACACGAAGCCAAUCUGCUAGCUCGUUAGUCUCAGGGAAGCGAAAAGAUCGAUCGCGAAAGCUCAGUGUUGGCUUCGUGGCCACACCACCAGAUAUCAUAGGCGAAGGAGGCGACGAAGCACAAGCACCUCCUGUCGAGAUUUCGAGAGCUAAACAGGCUCGUGCCAGGUCUGCUUCACCACAGGGACAAAAACCAUAUAGCAACGCAGUUGUACAACCCGGAGCACGCCGCCAAAUGCCAGGCCGGGGAAUCAGUGAUAAUACUGCUGAUGUAUUCACUCCAAAGCCUUUUGCACGAGCGCAGACGGGUAUGCUACCAGGUGAAAGAAGUCCUGGAUAUCCUCAGAACAUGCACGACAAUCCACCAAUGCCGAGACCCUUUGUACGUACACAGACUGGUUUAUCCGGCCGAGAUCCUGUUUCAACUAUUCCGACGACUAUAUCCACAAAGCAGGAACGUGCGUUUCUGCCAGAACCUCUAGCUCGUAUUGAAACGGGAAAGCUGGAUCUAACCAAGGAAUUUGAGAUGAGCUUGGGUUUAAUCCCUCAGGUUCCACAUGCAUCCAAAGCCAGUGCUACGGAAAAUAUCAUCGCUCCCAAGCCACAAAGAGUACCACCAUCGUACGAUCUGAUUGAGAAGGGUGGAAGUAAUGUUCAGCGGAAGCAAGUAAAUGGACCCUUACACGAGGCCCGAGUAGUAGUUCCUAAGCCCCCGUCCGCAACAAGAUCGCAUCAGCGUCAACUGUCCGAUCACAUGCGAUCACAACCUGCAGCUACCUCACAGUUUUCUUCUUAUCAACAGUCUCCGCAACAAUCACUAGACAACGUUCAGACACCCUCUAGCACAUCUCCAAGCGCUCGUCCAAGCCUUCCACCACGACCCAACCCUCCAGACUAUUUCCCUCCUCCACCACAGCGACAACCCUCACACAUCGUCCGGAACAUCCAAAACCUAGAACCCAUCCACGCUAAGCACUCUGCACCGCCUACCACGCAGCAGAACGACUCCAUCGUAGGGGAGAUGAAAAUCCCUCUCAGUAUCGUGACCGAACAAGACAACGACGAAUACCAGUCAUUCGCUCUGCGGUCACGGUUCAGGUCAAGCAGUAAUUCACCCAGGCCAGAAAACAGAAAUAUACCACCACCGCAUCUCAGUACGAUACGGCCGGUUCCCAGUACACAUUAUGAUAUGAGUCCGAGCGAGUAUACGGGCUCAAACGCUCUCUCGCCGCGUAGUCCUACGACUCCGGGUGUAAAUAAACCGAGGUUUUAUGACAAUUUGAGUCAGGGGAAUAGGUCGGGGAAUUUUAUAUGA